GGUCCGAACUUUGGUCAUCGACUUCCAUCAUCGAGCUCCUUGCAUCGAACUAGAACCAUGAGCUGGGAAGUUCGUAUGUCCAAUUCUCGCGGGGUUCCUUACUACUUCAACACUGGCACCCAACAAUCAACUUGGGAUGCCCCAUCCGAGCUCUCCCCCGAAGAAAUUAAAGCACUUCCUGGUGCACAAUUCCUAAAGCAGAGCGGUAACAACCUUCCCGCGAAGGCAGAUCAAGUUAGAGCCAGUCAUCUAUUGGUUAAGCAUCGGGGUAGCCGAAGACCAAGCAGCUGGAAGGAGUCUGAAAUUACCCGGUCGAAGGAGGAAGCCAUUUCUAUCCUCAUAUCCUAUCAAGCUCAAAUUGCAGGAUCUCCCGAGAAAUUUGCAGAACUAGCCAAGAUUCACUCAGACUGUUCGUCUCAUGAGAAAGGUGGAGAUUUAGGUUGGUUUGAACGAGGUCAGAUGCAGAAGCCAUUUGAGGAUGCGGCCUACGGCCUUGAAGUAGGAGAGAUGAGCGAUGUUAUCAGCUCGGACAGUGGGGUUCACUUGGUAUUGAGGACAGGAUGAGUAUAAUGGAGAUCUACCGUAAAUGACAAAAAAUAGACAUAAAGUGUAGUUGGUUACUACAACGGAAUGUAUGAUAUCGGAGCAAGCGUCUUGCAAGG